GUACCAGCAGUGCAGAAGUAAAGGAAAAUCGAAACAUUGACAACCUGGAGGAUCAUCCAGUAUCCUCCAAUGAGAGGGCAAGAGGGGGAACACCUAGCAGUAAGAGAAAACGACCUUUAGAGGAAGGGAAUAAUGGCCAUUUCUGCAAACUCCAGCUCAUCUGGAAGAAAGUCUCAUGGUCAGUGACACCAAAGAACGCUCUGGUUCAGCUACAUGAACUUAAACCGGGUUUACAAUAUAAAAUGGUUUCCCAGACAGGUCCAGUGCACGCUCCAGUCUUUGCCGUUGCUGUGGAAGUAAAUGGACUCACAUUUGAAGGCACGGGGCCCACAAAAAAGAAAGCCAAAAUGCGUGCUGCAGAGCUAGCUCUGAAGUCAUUUGUUCAGUUCCCCAAUGCCUGCCAGGCACACUUUGCCAUGGGGAACGGCAUCAACCCAUCCACAGACUUUACUUCUGAUCAGGCAGACUUCCCAGAUACUCUGUUCAAGGAGUUCGAACCAUCUACACACAGCGAGGACUUCUCGGUCUACAACCCCGUGAAUAACGACUUGCUUUCCACUGCCUACCGCCACGGGCGCCUGCUCUGCCAUACGCUGGACUUAAUGGGCCACGGGAAGCAAAGCAAGCACAAGGUGGCAUCCAAAGCAGAGAGCGAGAAGAACCCGGUGGUGCUGCUAAACGAGCUGCGGUCGGGCCUGCGGUACGUCUGCCUCUCAGAGACGGUGGAGAAGCAGCACAUCAAGAGCUUUGUCAUGGCGGUGCGAGUGGACGGCAGAACAUUUGAAGGCUCGGGACGUAGCAAGAAGCUGGCCAAGGGUCAAGCGGCGCAGGCGGCCCUGCAGGCUCUCUUCAACAUUCGGCUGCCCAGCCACAUUCCCAGCAGGAGUAAAUGUCACCAUUUGCCACAGGAUUUUGCCGACUCUGUGUACCAAAUGGUUGCACAGAAGUUCCAGGAGCUGACAGACAACUUCACUUCCAUGCAUGCACGCCACAAAACUCUUGCAGGCAUUGUGAUGACCAAAGGUUUGGACAUCAGGCAAGCUCAGGUUAUUGUGCUGUCGUCGGGUACCAAAUGCAUAAAUGGGGAAUACAUUAAUGACCAAGGGCUUGUGGUCAAUGACUGCCAUGCAGAAAUUGUGGCAAGAAGGGCAUUUGUUCACUUCCUCUACUCACAGUUGGAGCUACACUUAAGCAAACGGCGAGAAGACUGGGAGCAAUCAAUCUUUGUGCGAUUAAAAGAGGGAGGCUACAGGCUGCGGGAGAACAUCCUGUUCCAUCUGUACGUCAGCACCUCGCCCUGCGGCGACGCGCGCCUCCACUCCCCCUACGAGAUCACAACUGACUUGAACAGCAGCAAGCACAUAGUGAGAAAAUACCGUGGGCACCUCCGAACAAAGAUUGAGUCUGGAGAAGGAACGAUCCCCGUGCGGUGUCACAGCGCGGCGCAGACGUGGGACGGCGUGCUGCUGGGGGAGCAGCUCAUCACCAUGUCCUGCACAGACAAAAUCGCCAGGUACCUCAUGCACGCACACCACAAACCUCUUUGCGUGUGGAUGUGGUUUGAUGCCCCAGAGAGCUAUGGCUACUGGUGA